AUGGAGCGGUGGCGAGAGGCGCUCUCCUUCCCGGCCUUCCGCCGGCGGCUCCCGCCGGGCGCGGCCUACGGCUGCGGAGGGGACAGGCCGGCGCUGCGCCGCGCCGAGUUCGCCAGGCUCGCAGGAAUGACUUACCUUGACCAUGCUGGAGCUACGCUCUUCCCGCAGAGUUUACUAAAAGCCUUCACUGAUGACCUCAAUGCAAAUAUUUACGGCAACCCUCACAGCCAGAGCAUCAGUAGCAAAUUGACUUACGACACUAUUGAACAUGUCCGAUACAGACUACUGCAACACUUCAAUACUACCAUUGAAGACUACACUGUCAUUUUCACUUCCGGAUGUACAGCCGCACUCAAGCUUGUAGCGGAGGCAUUCCCUUGGAUCCCUGAAUCUCCGGAGGAGCCUGGCAGCCGGUUUUGCUACCUCACUGAUAGCCACACAUCUGUGGUGGGCAUGAGAGCGAUCGCGGCUGCUGUGAAUGUCUCAUCUGUCCCCGUGAAACCUGCGGAGAUAAUAUCCCGGACAAGGGACUUGGGGGCUGAAGAGCCAAGCUGCCAGACGCCUCUUCUCUUUUGUUAUCCCGCUCAGAGCAAUUUUUCAGGAACUAAAUAUCCCCUUGCGUGGAUCGAAGAGAUAAAAUCGGGAAAGCUCCGCCCUGUCAAUGUCCCAGGGAAAUGGUUUGUGCUGUUGGAUGCAGCCUCUUACGUCAGCACUUCUCCGUUAGACUUAAGUGCUCACCAAGCAGACUUUAUACCUCUGUCGUUCUACAAGAUGUUUGGAUUCCCCACCGGUUUGGGGGCACUGCUGGUGAAGAAUGAAAGUGCUUCUUGCCUAAGGAAAACGUAUUUUGGAGGGGGAACCGCAGCAGCCUACCUUGCAGGGGAGGAUUUCUAUUUACCAACACGCUCUGUAGCCGAAAGGUUUGAGGAUGGAACGGUUUCUUUCCUUGAUAUCAUUGCAUUAAAGCAUGGAUUUGAUGCCUUGGAAAGACUUACAGGUGGAAUGGAGAACAUAAAAAAGCAUACGUUUGCUUUAGCUCACUACACUUAUACAGUCCUCUCCACACUGAAGUAUGCUAAUGGGUCACCCGUCGUGCGCAUUUACAGUGAUACGGACUUCAGCAGCCCGGAUGUCCAAGGUCCAAUCCUUAAUUUUAAUGUAUUGGAUGAAAAUGGAGAAAUAGUCGGUUAUUCACAGGUGGACAGAUUGGCUGGGCUCUAUAACAUCCAUGUCCGCACAGGCUGUUUCUGUAACACUGGAGCUUGCCAGCAACAUUUGGGGAUUAGCAAUGAUGACAUCAAAAAGAACCUCCAGGCUGGCCAUGUCUGUGGAGAUGACAUAGAUGUAAUCGAUGGAUGUCCCACCGGGUCUGUGAGGAUCUCCUUUGGCUAUAUGUCCACGUUUGAAGAUGCACAAACCUUUCUGAAGUUCAUUAUUGCCACCAGGCUCUGUGGUUGCAACACGGUUAAUUGUCCUUCUCCAGCAGGGAAUGUUUCGCCAGUGACAGCAUCUCCAAAAGAAAAUGGCUACACUUGCGAUAACAACAUUGUUAACAAACUUCCUCCAAAGAAACCCAUCGUGGACUCUCAGCUUAGCACCAUUUCUCCUUCGAGGGCAACACCAGUCUGUCUACAGCCUGAAGAGGGGCAUUCGGAAAGAGACAUGACUGAAAUUUCUGGGAAUUCGACUGAAGUGCAACAGAGUGGUAGAAUGCCAGUAACCGUCACCAACAUUUAUCUCUACCCAAUCAAAUCAUGUGCUGCCUUUGAGGUUGCACAGUGGCCCGUUGGAAACCAAGGCUUGCUGUAUGACCGGAGCUGGAUGGUUGUGAAUCAGAAUGGGGUGUGCAUUACGCAGAAGCAGGAGCCAAGACUGUGUCUCAUACAACCCCUGAUUGACCUGGAGAAAAGCACAAUGACCAUCAAGGCAGAAGGGAUGGAUCCGAUCUCUGUAUCUUUAGAAGAAGACAGUGGAAGACAGACUCCUAUCUGCCAAAGCAAAGUCUGCUCACACAGAGUUCAGACAUACAGUUGUGGAGGAAGAUCGACGGCGUGGUUUUCGGAGUUCCUUGGCCGAGAGUGCCACCUGAUCAGGCAGUGUUUAGACGUCAAGAGAAAUGCAAAACAGAAACAUGAAAAGGGAAUGGCACUUGUCACGGCUGCCUCCCUCUCUUUGGUGAACGAAGCACAAUAUCUCCUGAUAAACCGAACAAGUGUCUUACAACUCAGCGAUCAGAUAACUGCAAGACUAGGUGAGUCACUUCCCCUCCAGAAGCUCAUCCAUCGCUUCCGCGCCAACAUUGUUAUCAGCACAAAUGAGCCGUUCGAGGAAGACAAGUGGGAUGAGAUUUCAAUCGGCAGCCUGCGUUUCAAGGUUAUGGGGCCAUGCCACAGAUGUCUCGUUAUCUGUAUUGAUCAGCAAACUGGACAACGCAACAAGGAAUUCCUUCAGAGUCUGUCUUCCACCAAAGAUAGAAAGACUAACUUUGGCAUCUACCUGAUGAAUCAUCCUGAAAGACCAUUUUCUGUUCCAAAUACCUUGUCAGUGGGAUCUGAAGUACUUUCAGUGGAGAAGAACACCACACGCUCGUUGUCCCCGGAAGAGCAAAAGUCUGGGUGA